CUCAGGUGGACCAAGCAUCCUGGCCCUGGGACUGAAGAGGGGGGACAGACUGGGCAUGUGGGGACCCAACACAAAUGAGUGGGUCCAUUUCGAGUUUGCCACAGCCAAGGCUGGCAUCAUACUGGUGUGCACUGACACUGAUGACACAUAGAAGGAGGGAUCUUAAUAGGGGAAAACGUGCUAGUUUUUGCACCCUCUUUGUGGGUACAUUAAAGAAGAUGUUUUCAAUGGUUAUGUUUUGUCCUCUGACAGGCGUCUGUUAACCCAGGCUAUCAGGUGCAGGAGUUGGCGUUUGCUUUGAGGAAGGUGGGUCAUUUCAUGUCAUAUAUUUUGUUAAAUGAGAACAGCACUGGGUGUGGUGCUCUUAAGUAGGGUGGGCCGCUGAUUGCUUUUUCAACAUUUUGUGAUGAUGAUAAUGACGAUGAUGAUAAUGAUGUUAUUGAUGUUCAUUGGUGGUAAUAACAGUGGUAUGCAGUUGUAAUGCAAGCAGGUGAAUGUAAUAGUCACUUCUUUGCUGGUCUUGACCCAGGUGGGAUGCAAUGCCAUUGUGUGCCCGACCCAGUUUAAGACCCAGAAGUACUGUGACAUGCUCAAA